AUGAAGGUAAUUUUGUCCAUUAUUGCACUUGCUUUUCUGUGUCCUUCGAUAUAUGCGAACUUUUGUCAAUCGGAAGAUUGCCGUGGUGGUGAAUGUGAACUUACUCGUUCAGCGAAUGGUUCAAUCAAGAAAUCAUGUCACUGUUUGAAAGGUGUAUGUGGUGAAACAUGUCAACGUCUAUGUAAUUCUACUUCGCCAUGUGCUGCGAAUCCAUGUUGGUUUGGUGGUACUUGUAUAGAGGUAGCAAAUUUCGAUUUUGUUUGUUUGUGUCCACCCAACUAUACUGGGAAAGACUGUCGAACUGUAAUGUCGUGUCAAACAGAUAGUUGUCAUAAUGAUGGUACAUGCAUUCAAACGACGUACGGUGCGCGAUGUAAUUGUCCGACAAAUUUUCGUGGUGAUUUCUGUCAGUAUACAACGCAAAAGAAACCAACGCAAAAGAAACCAACGCAAAAGUUACCAGUGGCCGAAUAUCGACAAUUUGAUGCUGAAACUUUAGCAGCUAUCGCUGGUCUUGGCUCAUCGAGUGCGCAUGACAAUAAUUAUAACCAACGAAUGUUCGCUAUCGCCAUGGGUAAUCGGUCACAAUUUGUUUUUUGUCUAACAAAUCCAUGCGAAAAUGGUGGUAGCUGUUUUAUUACAAAUUCCGCAACAACUAAGGGCAUAUGUAUUUGUCGUGAAGGGUACAUAGGUGACUAUUGUGAAAUAGUGCAUAAUACAACGUCGAUCGAUACUCACUUGUACGCCAGUUUCUGUGACACAAGCCCAUGUUUGAACGGUGGAACAUGUGUUGACGUUGGACAAAUGGAUGGAUAUUGUCGUUGUCCAGCACAAUACCGAGGACCGAAAUGUGAAACAGCGCUUCGAUCAUUUGGUUGUCAACCAAAUCCUUGUAAAAAUGGUGGAACUUGUGUUCUAUUAGAAAAUAAUCAAGCACAAUGCAUUUGCACACCCGUAUUUCGCGGCAUAACGUGCAAUCAAUUCAGUUAUGUUCCAUGCGGCGAUGCCACUUGUCAUGGUACACAGGGUAUAUGCGUGGCUAAUAAAUGUGUGUGUAAACCAGGUUUUGCUGGACCGAGAUGUGAUUCAACAGACUUCUGUUCAGCCUAUCCUUGUCUCAAUGGAGGCACAUGCGUUCAAACUAACGAAGAACCUUAUGGUGGCUGUAGCUGUCCACCGGAAUUUUCCGGUCCAACGUGUAGUAACGAUCCGUGUAAGCCGUCACCAUGCCUAAAUGGCGGUCAAUGCAUACGUAAACCAGAUAAUCAAUUCUAUUGUCAAUGUCGAAAUAAAAAUCGUGGUGUUUAUUGCGAACAGGCGGAAUGUUUUCCUUCAGACGCCACCGUUGAUGUUCUUGAUGUCGGUAAAGUUAAAUUAUCUUCAUUAAAACUUGGCCAACAAGUCCGAAUAAUCGAUGAACAGGAUCGGAUCGCUUAUUCACCUAUUAUUGCUUUUCUCCAUCGAGACUUGAACGAAGCAGGUUCAUAUAAACGUAUCCGCACGAAAAAUGCGCAAAUUGAAUUAUCGCCACGGCACUUAAUUCAUCGUCGAAACCAUGGCUUUGUCUGGGCAGAAAAUCUAUCGAAAGGUGAUGAAGUUCUUGUUAUACCAUCGAAACAAGGAAAUAAAACAGCAUGGGAAACAAUUACUGACAUUAGCGACAUUGAGAAACAAGGGCUAAUGGCUCCUUUAACUGAACAAGGCACAAUUAUUGUCAAUAAUGUGCAUGCUUCAUGCUAUGCUCUUGUUCGAUCUCACACAAUUGGUCAUAUCGCCUUAACACCCUUCCGGUGGUAUCGUCGAAUAUUUGGACGUUCAUCCGACAAUCCAACAUCACCGAUUUUGAACUAUGCGAACAUACUUUUUCAGUUAUUUAAAAAUUUACCUAUUCUUAAAGACAUUAUUUUUUAA